AUGGCGGCGCCGCUCACGGACAGCGAGAGGCGGAGGCAGAUCAGCGUGCGCGGCCUCGCGGGGCUGGGCGACGUGGCCGAGGUGCGCCGGAGUUUCAACCGGCACCUGCACUUCACGCUGGUCAAGGACCGCAACGUGGCCACGCCCCGCGACUACUUCUUCGCGCUGGCUCACACGGUGCGCGACCACCUGGUGGGCCGCUGGAUCCGCACGCAGCAGCACUACUACGAGCGCGACCCCAAGCGCAUCUAUUAUCUUUCCCUGGAAUUUUACAUGGGCCGCACACUGCAGAACACAAUGGUGAACCUGGGCCUUCAGAACGCUUGUGAUGAAGCCAUUUAUCAGCUAGGGUUGGACUUGGAAGAACUGGAGGAAAUAGAAGAGGACGCUGGCCUCGGGAAUGGAGGCCUGGGGAGGCUGGCAGCCUGCUUCCUUGACUCGAUGGCCACUUUGGGCCUGGCAGCAUAUGGCUAUGGAAUCCGCUAUGAGUUUGGGAUUUUUAACCAGAAGAUUGUCAAUGGCUGGCAGGUGGAGGAGGCAGAUGAUUGGCUGCGCUAUGGCAACCCCUGGGAGAAGGCACGGCCCGAGUACAUGCUUCCUGUGCACUUCUACGGGAGAGUGGAGCACACCCCUGAGGGUGUCAGGUGGCUGGACACGCAGGUGGUGCUGGCCAUGCCCUACGACACCCCAGUGCCGGGUUACAGGAACAACACCGUCAACACCAUGAGGCUGUGGUCCGCCAAGGCGCCCAACGACUUUAAGCUCCAUGACUUUAACGUGGGUGGCUACAUCGAGGCGGUCCUGGACAGGAACCUGGCUGAGAACAUCUCCAGAGUCCUGUAUCCAAAUGAUAACUUCUUCGAGGGGAAGGAGCUCCGACUGAAGCAGGAGUACUUUGUGGUGGCUGCUACCCUUCAGGAUAUCAUUCGCCGCUUUAAGUCCUCCAAGUUCGGCUGCCGGGACCCAGUGAGAACCUGUUUUGAGACAUUCCCGGACAAGGUUGCCAUCCAGCUGAACGACACGCACCCAGCCCUUGCCAUCCCGGAGCUUAUGAGGAUACUGGUGGAUGUGGAGAAAGUGGACUGGGACAAGGCCUGGGAGAUCACAAAGAAGACCUGUGCAUACACCAACCAUACUGUGUUACCUGAGGCCUUGGAGCGCUGGCCUGUGUCCAUGUUUGAGAACCUCCUGCCACGGCACCUGGAGAUCAUCUACGCCAUCAACCAGAGGCACCUGGAUCACGUGGCUGCCCUGUUCCCCGGGGAUGUGGACCGCCUGCGGAGGAUGUCUGUGAUCGAGGAGGGGGACUGCAAGCGGAUUAACAUGGCCCACCUGUGUGUGAUCGGGUCCCACGUGGUCAAUGGCGUGGCAAGGAUCCACUCGGAGAUCGUGAAGCAGUCUGUCUUUAAGGAUUUUUAUGAGCUGGAGCCAGAGAAGUUCCAGAAUAAGACCAAUGGCAUCACACCCCGACGGUGGCUGCUGCUGUGUAACCCGGGGCUGGCCGACACCAUCGUGGAGAAAAUCGGGGAGGGUUUCCUGACUGAUCUGAGCCAGCUGAAAAAGCUGCUGCCAUUGGUUGAUGACGAGGCACUCAUCAGAGAUGUGGCCAAGGUGAAGCAGGAAAACAAGCUGAAGUUCUCUGCCUUCCUGGAGAAGGAAUACAAGGUGAAAAUCAACCCCUCGUCCAUGUUCGACGUGCACGUGAAGAGGAUCCAUGAGUACAAGCGGCAGCUGCUGAACUGCCUGCACAUCAUCACACUGUACAACCGAAUAAAGAAGGACCCAGCCAAGGCCUUUGUGCCCAGGACCAUCAUGAUUGGGGGCAAGGCGGCCCCCGGUUAUCACAUGGCAAAGAUGAUCAUCAAGCUGGUCACAUCCAUCGGCAACGUAGUCAACCAUGAUCCUGUUGUGGGCGACAGGCUCAAAGUGAUCUUCCUGGAGAACUACCGAGUGUCUUUGGCUGAGAAAGUGAUCCCCGCGGCAGACCUGUCACAGCAGAUCUCCACGGCGGGCACCGAAGCCUCGGGCACAGGCAACAUGAAGUUUAUGCUCAAUGGGGCCCUCACUAUUGGCACCAUGGAUGGCGCCAAUGUGGAGAUGGCCGAGGAAGCCGGCACUGAGAACCUCUUCAUCUUUGGCAUGCGUGUGGAGGAUGUCGAGGCCCUGGACCAGAAAGGGUACAAUGCCAGAGAGUACUAUGAGCGCCUGCCCGAGCUGAGGCAGGCUCUGGACCAGAUCAGCAGCGGCUUCUUCUCUCCCAAGGAUCCACACUGCUUCAGGGAUGUUGUCAACAUGCUGCUGAACCACGACAGGUUCAAGGUGUUUGCAGAUUAUGAAGCAUACGUGGCAUGCCAGGCCCAGGUGGACCAGCUGUACCGGAACCCCAGGGAGUGGACCAAGAAGGUCAUCAGGAACAUCGCAUGUUCGGGCAAGUUCUCCAGCGACCGGACCAUCACGGAGUACGCCCGAGACAUCUGGGGCGUGGAGCCCUCCGACCUGCAGAUCCCACCCCCCAACCUCCCCAGGGAUUAGCCCCCUCCCGGCCACCGCCUGCUUGUUGCAGGGUUGUUUCUGGAGAGCCUUGAGGAUCGUGGUCGUGGCUUAGGGUGAGCCAGGAAGGAAGGGUGCAAGAAGUGAGAUGCUCCCCAGUGUCCUGCAGGAAAGCAGAGCGCACAGCCCCGGCCAGGGUGCCCCGCAGCUAUAGCUCACCUACCUGAGGAGGUGGGGAAGUGGGAGCCGCGGGCUGGGCUCCUCUGAGAACUUGCACGCACCUGGCAGUGAGCUUGUUUUUAGCUUUUUUUUUUUUGUGCAUGUGUGUGUUUUUUUUGUUUUUAGCUUUGAGCCUCUGGAUUCUGGGGUCUGGGCAGGCAGCUGUGGCCAAGCCCGGGGAGCUGGCCACAGCUGUGGCCUCCUGGUGUCUGCAGCCGCGGCAUGGGUGCCCUGGCCCCGGGUUUCCAGACUGAUAGAUGGGGGAGGACACCCGCGUCUGGCAUCUGGGGGUCCUUGGCUAGGACGAGGCUGGCUGAUGCAACAUUAGGUUUUGCUUUUUCAAGAGGAAAAUCAACUUCAUGGGAAAACGAAAAUGGCUAAAACCUGUUUUUGUUUUAGUAACUAAAGAUUGUACUUCUGAAGUUUUGUGCUUGAGAGACAAUGCCAGGAUGUUUUGCCCAGCCUGGGGCCCCGGGGGUAUGCCCCUGCCGUGUCCUGGGGGCUGCGUCUCCUGUCCUUCACUCCAGGCCAGCCUCCCUCGCCCGCCCUUUCUGCCGGCAUGCCUGCCAUGGAAGGGACGGAGCAGGCCCAGAAGGGAGCCUGCUUUGUACUCUGCCUGGGCGGAGGCUGGUGGGGGCAGCACCCCCAGCACCCUCCCACAGGCUCUGCCCUCACUCCGGGUCCUGACUGCUCACAGAAUCGGCCCACAGACGACCUACUCACGUGCACGUCACCAGAGCUGCAGGUCUGCUGGGGAGGCCCGUGUUCAGCGCCUGUGGUCACCCCCCCACCCCCUCCUGCUGUCCUGUCUCUUGGGCCAUGUGUGACCAUCACUGUGCCACUUACUGUUACUGCCUUGUGUGAGACACCGAUUAAACCUUCCUGCCUGUGCUUGG